UUUUUUUUUUUUUUUAAACACGGAGUAGUAUUGAAAAUGUAGGAUGAAAAAUAAUUACAUCAUAUGACAAAAUAAUAUGUGUUCAUGUUGUGUCAACUUGUCAGGUUCUAAUUUCUCUUUCCAUUAAAUAUUGCCAUUCUUAACGACGGAUAAUCAUGAUGUAAACGGAUUCAAUUUCAAGUCCGGAGCUAAUACUCGGGGCCGCCGCCGGGGUAACACCCAAAGUUAGAUAAUAGCAUUAUUAGUUUAAUCUCAUAAAGUAAUGGGGGUAUUUCCUUUAAUUAAAAAAGAAUCUACUCUAAAAAGCUACUUGUAUUUUACUUCCCAAAAAGUUAGUAUAACCUUUCUAGCUUUCUCAGCUAUCUUCUCUUCAAUCAGCACUAAAAAAGAGGAAGAGAAGAAGCUGCUGAUAGAGAAGCCAAGGAAGGUGAAAGCAUGCUUUGUCGGCCAUUAAAGCUUCAUCUAAGACCUUUCAUCCAUCCUCUUCGAUUUUCCUAAAGAUUUUUCACCAUAAUUUUUCAUUUUGACCCAGAUUUCAUUCAUCUUAUUUUAUUUUUAUUUGGUGGGAUCACAGAAUAAAAUCCCUUCAUUCAUUGCAUUUUGAGUGUCUUUUUUGCUUCUUAGAAGGUUACUAUAUCUUCACCUUGGGAAAAGAAGAAAAACCCCAUAUUAUUUUUCAUUUCUUUUUCUCUUUUUCAGCUCUAAUUUUGCCUUUAUUUCAUCAAUUAUAUGAUUCCCACAAAUCUUGGGAAAAGUUGAAUUUAUGUGUUUAUGCUUAAUGGGUUGCAAUUGUGGUUGUAUUUUUCCUCCUUAUAUCAGCUCUCAUUCAUGGUGGUUUUCUUGCCUCUCCUACUUCUUCUUUACAAAUAAUGGCCUUAGUGGUAUGCUUGUAGCCUUCUCUUGAUCCUUUCUUGUAUCUUGUUUUCGGGUUUUCGAUUUUUCGGAUUAUGUUGCACCCAUCAUUGUUCUUUAACUUGUGAUAUUGAUUACUAUUAGGUUGUUAGAAUUGAAGGAGGGAAAAGGGUUAUGUUAGCAAUUUUUGUAUGAAUAAAGGGUUUUUAGAAUGCCAAUGUUUUCUAAAUCACAUAAAUUUUGGGUUUGGGGAUUUCUCAUUGUUAUUGCCCAUGUAAUUUACUUGUCUGAAGGGUUGAAUUCUGAGGGUUUUUGUCUGUUAGAACUGAGAAAUGGACUUAAUGAUAAAUACAAUAAUCUGAGUAAUUGGAAUCAUAGUGAUCAAACACCUUGUAAAUGGAUAGGUGUGACCUGUUCCAACAGUACUUACCAGCCUGUUGUAGUAUCUCUUGAUCUUACAAUGAUGAAUCUUUCGGGUUUGUUAGGACCGAGUAUUGGCUGUUUAACCCACCUCACUUAUCUUGAUGUUUCUUUCAAUUCAUUGGGUGGGAGUAUACCACAUGAGUUAGGGAAUUGCUCGUUGUUACAGUCUGUCUCUUUGAACAAUAAUCAGUUUGAAGGUUCAAUCCCUGCUUCAUUGGGUAGUUUGUCUUCUUUGCAAUACCUGAAUCUGUGCAAUAAUCUGUUGUCUGGUCCCAUUCCUGAUGAGUUUGGGAACCUUUCGUCGUUGGUUGAAUUUGUGGCAUACACCAAUAGGAUUAGUGGUCCAUUGCCUCGGUCGCUUGGGAAUCUGAAACAGUUGCAAAAGUUUCGUGCUGGGCAAACGUCGAUCAGUGGAACCUUGCCUGCUGAGAUUGGCAGAUGUGAAAAUUUGGAAUAUCUUGGACUGGCACAAAAUCAGCUUGUUGGGAAUAUACCUAAGGAGAUUGGGAAGCUUACUAAGCUGACUGAAGUGAUUCUUUGGGGUAAUCAACUUUCGGGUAAUAUUCCGAAAGAGAUUGGGAAUUGUACUAAUCUUGAAACACUUGCUUUAUACCAGAACAAUCUUGUUGGGGAAAUCCCUGCAGAAAUUGGGAAUCUCAAGUUUCUUAAAAGAUUAUACCUCUAUAGGAAUCAGCUCAAUGGAACCAUUCCAAGGGAAAUAGGGAAUCUAUCUUUAGCAUCCGAAAUCGAUUUUUCUGAGAAUUUAUUGACAGGGGAGAUUCCAGCUGAUUUUGGCAACAUAAAGAAUCUGACACUUCUGUAUCUUUUCCAGAACCAGCUUACUGGUUUUAUACCAAAUGAGUUGACUUCCUUGAAGAACUUGACAAAGCUGGAUCUUUCAAUCAAUCAUCUCACUGGUCCUAUUCCAAUCGGCUUUCAAUACUUAAAUCGGAUUAUGCAACUUCAGCUGUUCGACAACGAGCUUACUGGUACCAUCCCUCGAGGGCUUGGGAUAUACAGCCCACUCUGGGUUGUUGAUUUUUCAGCAAAUAUGUUGACAGGGAGGAUUCCGCCAUUUCUAUGCCGUCAUUCUAAUUUGAUAUUGUUGAAUCUUGAGUCGAAUAAGCUUUAUGGGAAUAUUCCAAUGGGGGUUUUAAACUGCCCAUCCUUGGUACAGCUUCGUUUGGUUCGAAAUAAGCUGACAGGGAGCUUUCCUUCAGAAUUGUGCCAAUUGAAGAACCUCUCUGCCAUUGAGCUUGGACAGAACAAGUUUAGUGGUCCUAUUCCCCCUGAAGUUGGAAAUUGUAAUAAAUUGCAGCGACUGGAUCUUGCAAACAAUAAUUUUGUCUUGUGGUUGCCGAAAGAGAUUGGUAAUUUGUCUCAGCUGGUGACUUUUAACAUCUCAUCCAAUUUUCUUACAGGGAGUAUCCCGAUUGAUAUCAUUAACUGCAAGAAGCUUCAGCGGCUUGACCUUAGCUUUAACAGCUUUGAAGGUAAUCUGCCAGAUGAACUGGGGACCCUUUUGCAGCUGGAACUUCUCAUGCUUUCAGAAAAUAAGUUUUCUGGAAAUAUUCCUGCUGUACUGGGCAAUCUUACUCGCUUAACUGAGCUGCAGAUGGGUGGAAACUCAUUGUCUGGUCGGAUACCAUCGUCUCUGGGAUCUCUUUCAAGCUUGCAGAUUGCUAUGAAUCUUAGCUAUAAUAAUCUGUCUGGGACAAUCCCGUCAGAACUUGGAAAUCUUAUUCUUCUGGAAUAUCUUUACCUGAAUAACAACCAACUGACUGGUGAAAUUCCAAGCACAUUUGGAGAUCUUUCUAGCUUGUUGGGUGUAAACUUCUCGUAUAAUGACUUAACAGGGCCAAUACCGUCAAUACCAUUGUUCCAGACCAUGGAAUUGAGCAGCUUUCUUGGAAAUAAGGAUCUUUGUGGCCAGCCUCUUGCUUCAGCCUGCAACGAUACAUCAGCAUUUCAUCCGUUUCUGCCCCAAAAAAAUGCUGAAUCUUCUCAGGGAAAAACUGUUACUAUAAUUGCAGUUACUGUAGGUGGCAUUUCACUCAUUCUUAUUGUAGUUAUAUUGUUUUACAUGCGCCGGCCUGUUGAAACCGUGGCUUCUGUGGAAGAGAAUGGUGAUGAUUCUUCAGUCUCAGAUAUUUACUUUCCUCCAAAGGAAGGCUUCACUUUCCAUGAUCUCAUUGUGGCAACUAGCAAUUUUCAUGAGAGCUAUGUUAUUGGAAAGGGUGCUUGUGGUACGGUUUAUAAGGCAGUAAUGCAUACAGGAUUGACAAUUGCUGUCAAGAGACUAGCUUCUAAUAGGGAGGGGAACAACAUUGAGAACAGCUUCCGAGCAGAGAUAUUGACUCUUGGAAAGAUUAGACAUCGAAAUAUAGUGAAGCUUUAUGGGUUUUGCUAUAACCAGGGUUCAAAUCUGCUGCUGUAUGAGUACAUGUCAAGGGGCAGCCUAGGCGAGGUUCUUCAUGGGUCUUCAUGUAGCUUGGAUUGGCCUACUCGGUUCUCAAUUGCACUUGGUUCUGCUCAAGGUCUAGCGUAUUUACACCAUGACUGCAAACCGAGGAUUAUUCACCGUGAUAUCAAAUCCAACAAUAUCCUACUAGAUGAUAAGUUUGAAGCACAUGUUGGUGAUUUUGGCUUGGCAAAGGUUGUUGACAUGCCACAAUCAAAAUCAGUUUCUGCAGUUGCUGGAUCAUACGGAUAUAUUGCCCCUGAGUAUGCAUACACCAUGAAGGUUACAGAAAAGUGCGACAUCUACAGCUAUGGAGUAGUUCUUUUGGAAUUGCUAACUGGAAGAACCCCUGUACAGCCAAUAGAACAGGGAGGCGACCUAGUUAAUUGGGCCAAAAGUUAUAUCCGAUCUAAUUCAUUAACGCCUGGGAUACUUGAUGAUCGAUUAAAUCUACAAGACCAAGCAAUUGUUGAUCAUAUGUUAACUGUCAUGAAACUUGCUUUACUCUGCACUAACAUGUCUCCUUUCGACCGGCCAUCUAUGAGGGAAGUUGUGUUGAUGCUAAUUGAAUCGAAUCAACAAAACGAGAAGUCAGAUUCUCCUUCAUUUCAUGAUCAUGAUAUACCUCUCAAGGAAAAUGCAGUCUGAACACUUACACAUGCAGUAAUGUGGCUAAUUCUUCUUUCUAAUUAAUAUUGUUAUUAGAGAUUAACUAAUCUUCAUGUAUAUUCUAUAUAUAAAUUUUCUUUCCCCCAUUUUGUAAGGUAAAAUAUAAUUAUUCUGCUCCUGAUCAACAUGAGCUUAUAGGAAUCACUGUAUUCUAGAAACAUUAUAGCCUUCCCAUAAAUGAUUCAAUGGUGGCCUUAAAUUAUCUUGGUCACCUGAUUAAUAAUCAAAUGCUGUUGCAAUUUACCUUCUUUCAGCUGAUCUAUGAGUUCUAUAAUCUCCAUUUCUAUAUCGCCUUUUCGUUUUCAUAUACCUGUGGUAACUCUAAUCAUAUAUAUGUGAGGCCAAUUUCCAUGGCUCUACUAGUGAACUGCAGGUUGGCAUCUGCACUAACACUACCCAAACUGACAAAAAAUCUUUUUUAUCUGUAAGCUGCUGGUGUGAGGCUAUUUUGUCCUGACUCCUGAACCACUUACUUGCGGUCUGAAAACACUGCUUUCAGUCAUCUACAUAGUCGAGUCAUCUGCAGCAUAUGAUAUUGAACUUGCAACUAAUCUAAACUGUUAUAAUUUCUAACAUGUUACAUACUGUACUACUUAGACAACUUUCUAAGAAGGGGGGAAAAAAAAAAAAAAAAAAAAAAAAAAACCCA